GUGGCUAUUGUGAUUCAAAACUUUCAGUGCACCUCAUAAACUCGUAAUGAAUGAUUGAAAAGAGUACAAGACUUAAAUGACCGCAUGUACAAAUUAUUUAAACUCUUAAUAAAAUACUUUUAAUUUAACAAAAAAUUGUUUAUAACCCCUAAUAGACCUAAAAAAGUAAGAAUCUAAAUUCCACGUGAGGCAUAUGGGAAAGUAAAAAAAAUAUUAAAAAUAAAAUUGUAAUAUAAAUUCCGGAAAGUAGUUCACGAUGUCAAGCCUUAAAGGUCCAAAAGUGGCAUCGUUUUACACUGGCAAAACUGUAUUCAUAACAGGCGGCACGGGAUUUCUGGGAAAGACUCUAAUAGAAAAGUUGCUGUACAGUUGUAGCGGGAUUGACAAAAUGUAUAUUCUGGUACGUGAUAAACGUGGUAAUGCAGCACACGAGAGACUGGCGCGCAUAACCAACACCCCAGCUUUCGACAGAUUAAAAGGCUCCCGAAAUGAGGACCUUAAAAAAAUUACCGUCAUCACCGGAGAUAUUGCCCGACCGAAUCUCGGAUUGCCGGAUGAUGUUUUAAAACGUUUAGAAGAUGAGGUAUCUAUAGUAUUCCAUUUGGCAGCCACAGUAGCAUUCAAUUUACGCCUGAAAGAUGCUAUGGGAAUAAAUAUCAAUGGAACUGAAGAAGUUGUAAAGCUGUGCCAUAGAAUGAAGAAAUUGCAGGCAUUUGUUCAUGUAUCUACAGCAUUCAGCAAUGCAGAUCGACAAGAUAUAGAAGAAAAAGUUUACCCGAUGCCAGUGACUUUGGAAGAUGCAAGACAUGUCGCAGAAAUGUAUUCACACGAUGACGAAGUAAUUAGCCAGUUUUUGGGCAAGAAGCCCAACACAUACACCUUUUCAAAAGCUCUCGCCGAAGACCUAGUAAUGAAGCAGUGCCAAGAUUUACCGACUGCGAUCGUCAGGCCAUCUAUAGUAAUGUCUUCAAUAAAAGAGCCAUGUCCUGGUUGGAUAGACACGUGGAGUGGUUCUACGGGUCUCUUCGUUGGCAUGCCGGCUGGAGUACUGAAAGUUGUAAAGGGAAAAGGAAGCAACGUCACAGAUUUGGUCCCAGUGGAUAUUGUCACAAACUGUUUAAUAGUUGUUGCUACGGAGUGUCAUAAGACAAACGAAAUUAAAGUGUACAAUUGCUGCACUGGAACUUCGAACCCGAUAACAUCGAAUUAUGCCAGUGCGAUUGCUAGGAGAGUAACCUUAAGAUAUUCAUUGAAUGAAUUGCCGUGGCCUUUCCUCGUGUUUACUUCAAGUGUAAUAAUUUAUACCUUGAUAACGUUUAUUCUGCAGACGAUACCAGCUUUUUUGAUUGACAUGUGGUGUGUACUAACUGGGAAAAAAGCAACCCAAUUGAAGUUACAAAGCAGACUAAAAAAGAACAUAGAAGUAGUGAAAUUCUUUUUAAUGAACGAGUGGAAGUUUUCUGAUGGAAAUGUGAGAAACCUUUUUAAAAGUUUGUCACCUGAAGACAAAGAAACAUUUAAUUUUGACGUGAAAUGUAUUCAUUGGGAGAAAAGUAUCGAAGAUUACAUUUUAGGAGCCAGAAAAUACCUUUUGAAGUACGAGAAAUAAUUUUAGAAGAGUACAUACAUUUGAUAA